AAUAAACUCAAUUGAAGAAGAAGUAGCCGCAGCAUUAGCUCAUUUGCGUGAGCUCGUCUUUUUCUAGCACAUUUCACAUGUUAGUUAGCACUUAAUUAUAUGGUUUAGUAACCUCUGAGUUACACAAAGAGAUUCGUUUGACUGAAUUGUAUUUUGGAGAUAACUAGUUUUCCAGCUGCAGCGCACAGAUUUGCGCUUCUGAACUGGUUAACGACAUUUGUCUGUGCUUGUUAGACGAGGUUAGCGCGCUAGCUAACAAUCAGUCAUCAUGAAUAUUGACAGCGUUAAUCAGAGUGUCACAACCGGAACAUCAUCUUCGACAUCUUCAACAUCAAGUAAUUGUAUUGCAAAUGAUAAUGCAACAACCAACGUCAGCAGCAUUCCUUCGGUCACGAGUAAUGGUAACGUUCUCUGAUUUCUGCUUGUGUUAUUGUUCAAUACUCCAUUGGCGUUCAUGCUAUGAUAACAGGUACCUUCUCAUGAAGACUGAAGAUGUGUUUUCAGACGCAGUAUGUAUAUAUGAACAUAUAAGAACGCGGGAUGUUUUCUUUCAUGUAUUAUUUGAUGUUUAUCUGGUUUUGUGCAACGAUUAGUUGCUAGUGAUUGGACUUUGUACAGCCUUGGAACAGGUAUAACACUUAAUAGUACACAAUUUAGUUUGUUGAACUCCAAGUAAGUCAUCCCAAAUUCGUGUAUUUUUAGCUUCAGCCUCAUCCGCCAUGGUGACACCAUCAGCAGAUACAUCAGUCUCCAACGGCGUCUACGUUCCUGGUAGCAUCACAAAUGGAGAUGUCAAGCCUGCUGUUUCCACCACUCCUUUGGCAGAUUUCCUCAUGCAGCUGGAAGAGUACACUCCUACAGUGAGUACAUUUCCCAAAGUUAGAUAUCUACAUCUUUUUUAUUUCAUGUUGAUAUAACAACCAAAAAUGAAAAUUGUCUGCUUUUUUUUCUUUUAAACUAAUAUUUUCCCACCCUCCCCAUCACUCCCCCGGGACACAGAACAGAAAGAAAAAACAAAAAAUAAUAAAAUAAAGUAAAAUAAAUAAACAUAUCUAAAUUCCAACAAAUAACAAGCACAGAAUCAGACAUGCACAUUACAAAGAGACAAAACAAGAAAAGUAAGCGAACAAACAAACAAAUAAAUAAAAAGGAAAAAAAGCAGCAACAAUAACAACAAUGAACUCUAUCCAGGUGUGCAUGCAUAUAGGUCCCACAUGUGAACAUAUCCAUAGACAUGCUCAUACAAAUACAUACCUGCUACACCACAAAUAGUCAACAGUCCCUCCUAAAGAAAUCCUUCAAUUCUAAAAAAUAAUGGAGUCCUAAAAUCUUGAAAUCAUCUUUCCAGUGUAAAAGUACAUAUUUCUUUGCGAAAUAUGUCAUUAUAAUUAGUAUCCUGCACUUUUUCCGGUCCAACUGAAGUUCCAAUGUGUCAUUUUAAAGAUACAAGCUAGGUAUUGGAUAGAAUGCAAUUUUCAGAACUGAUUGUGAAGGAAUGAACUGAUUUCCAGAAACCUAUUAGAAGAUCACAUUCCCAAAACAUAUGCAAAAAUGUACCAUCGGCCCUCUUGCAUCUAGGGCAUUUUUGAAAAAACAUGCUUUGAGAUUUUAUGCGUUUUCAUUGGGGUUAAAUACAGUUCGUGAAUAAAUUUGAGAUUAACUUCUUUGAUUUUAUUACUAGUAAAUGGAAAGUAUGAAACCUGCUUUUUCAGACGCAAUAUUGACAUUACAUACAUUCAGUUAUCGAUAGCUGCAUUUCUGUUUCUCUUGCAGGGGUGUCUACCCUGCUAGCAAAACUAAUUGUUCACCAUCACACAUUAAAAAGGGCUAAAAAGCUAUGAACAAAUUCACAGACUCUAAUUCCAGAAGGAUACAGUAUACCUUUAUGGCUUUUUAAAUGUCCUAAUAGCUAAAUUAGCCAAGUAUGCAAUACCUAAAGGCAGGCGUUACUAGGUAAUUUUCCUCUCAUCUAUCAUGAAAGACACGAAAAAAAAUGUCUCAAAAUUCAGUUCGAUCAAGAAAAUUUGUGUCAUGUCAACAUGUUUAACUUAAAAUUUUCUUCAAACCAGUCUAUUUAUUUAUGAUUAUUGACGUCUGCAUUUGUGAUCAGAAGCUGUAACAAUAUUCGUGGGACAACUCAUUUUGCUGAUCAUUAAAUGACUGGCAUACAGUUGGACAGGUGUACCUAAUAAAGUGGCCGGUGAGUGUAUAUUAGCAGUGAAAAUGGUCUAAGGUGACCAUUGAAAGUUUGAAGAAUACCUUUUUUUUUUUUCAGAUUCCUGAUGCUGUUACUGGAUACUACCUCAACCGGGCUGGCUUUGAGGCUUCUGAUCCAAGAAUGUAAGUAGUACCAUGACUUUAAGGCAGUUAAUAUCUGAUAAAUGAUAUGGUCUGGACAAUCCAAUUAAAAGUGAAUUGCUCUAAGCUGGGCUAUUGACAACUUAAUACAUCAUUUUUGUCUGAAUACGUCUUGGAUGGCCAUUUAUGGUUGAAUUUUACUUUGUAUGCAUGUAUACACAAAGCCUUAGCUUCCUUCAUUAUAUUUCAAAUGCAAUAGGUAGAUAAAAACUAAUUGUGAUGCAGAUCUGCAGCACAGACCAGGAGAGCUGCCUGCAGUCAUGUGCACAGGCCACAGAGAAGCGCAAAUACAUUGGAACAAAUACAAAAUGAGAGCCCAAGUCUUAUGAGAUGGGUGCACUAAUUUAUGGGUGAAGAGAGGCACAUAGAAGAGGCUAGCUAUUCAGAUAAAAAGGAUACAAUCUGAAGACGAUGGUCAUGUGAAAAAAAAAUUGACACCCUAUGAAAACGUGUUUUUUUGACAAUUUUUGACAUAUGGAUAUCUAAUAUCUAUUUUAACAAUACUGAGAAAUUCAUGUAAUAUAAGUUCAUCAGUAAAACUGAAGAAAACAUUUUUAAAACCUUCUGUAAAAUGUAAUGAAAUAAAACUGCAAUUUCUGUUGAGGAAAAAAUUAUAUACUGGAAAUUAAUAUCCCUCAAUUUCAAUAUAAACCAUGGUCAAUAUGCUUUUCAAUAGUCGGCAUUCUGCCAUGUUUUGGUAGACUAUACGGAUAGCCAUUGAAAAAGGGAGUUGCUUUGGGUCUGCUUCGUGCUGAACCAGUCAUGUAAUGAAUUAGAACCAAGUAGCAAACAACUGCACACACACAACCAUAGCACUUUAACACGUGAAGCCAACAGCACUGUUGGUAAGAAAAAAAGAAAAUGAGUGCUACUUUGGCAGAAAUGCAGAUGACAACACUGGCACAAAAACGUCAGUGGUGUGGAGGUAUUUUGUUUUUUUUUAGGUUGGACAUAAAGCAGAGUAGUGUGCACUGCAAGUUAUGUCAAGCUGAAGCAGUGCCACGCAGCAGAGCAAGCGCAAUGCAAAAGGUUACAAACCCCGAGCAGAGCAACGGGCCCAUGGCUGUGCCGAGCUGUGCAUUCAAGAAACCCCUCAAAUAUCACACAGGCUAAAGUGUUCUGCAUUGAGACGUGGGGAAAAACUGUCCUUAGACUGAUGUCAGAGACUGGUAGAGGGUUACAAGAAGUGUCUCACUGAAGUUAUCUCAGCCAAACGGGGAAACAGGGGGGAAAGGUGUCCUAACUUUUUCCUCAGUUCCUUGCAUUUAUGGUGAUGUCUUUUGCAUAAUGAGAAAAACAGUGUUAUUUUUUGUUGUGUAACUGUAAUGAGAUCACUUUCUGUUCUGGAGAUUAAUAAAAACAAGAAUAGACAACGAUAUGUGAACAUUUCAUAAUUAAUAAUUUAAUAUGUAAUGGGGUGUCCUAUUUUUUUUACAUGAUUGUAGAUAGUGUUUUUUGACAGCUGUUAAGUCUUUUAUCAAAAAUAGUUCAAAUUUAUGCUGACAAACUCAAACAAUUCAGACUGAAUUGUGACAGUUUCUGAGAUGUUUUGAGAGAAGUGCGACAUGGAAAAUAAUUUCCUUUUUUUUGUAUUUAGAAUCCGUCUGAUCUCCCUUGCUUCUCAAAAGUUUAUCUCGGACAUUGCUAAUGAUGCACUGCAGUACUGUAAAAUGAAGGGCACUGCCUCUGGAAGUUCCAGGAGUAAGACAAAGGUCAGUAUUGUUGUACCAUUUUUUUCACAUUUCACAUUCACAUUUUUUCACAUCUUGAUGAAAUAUCAUCAAAUGGUAUUUUGAAGUCUUUGAAGUAAUGUAUAAUGUUGAUAUUGGCCAUAUCAGAGGAAGUUAUUCAUUGCCUCUAAUUGCUGUGAUCAUGCUUUUUUUUUUAAUCCUGUUUCUUUACCUUUUCCCUGUAAAUAGGAUAAGAAGUACACUCUGACCAUGGAAGACCUGGCUCCUGCCCUCACGGAAUAUGGUGUCAAUGUCAAGAAACCAUAUUACUUUACAUAAAAUUUCAUUUCAUUUUCUUUAUGCUUUUGCUAGUGUUCUAAUAUCAUUGACCCACCAGUCUGUUCACACCUUUGAUGCUUAACAUUUUUUGAAUGAUGAUGCUUUAGUACAACUUUGAUGAAACUUUGUAGUGAGUUUGCUGUUUUUUUGUGGAGCAACCUUUCCGUUGUGUUAAUUUUUACUGUGGAAAAAAAAAAUAAAACCCUUGCCAAAGAUGUUUGUUUGAGC